CGUCGCGUCGUCUCACCAGGAUGCGAACGCUUGACACGCGCGAUGCGUGCCAGUUUGUUGUCCCACGUAGCCGCCAAUGCCCGCGACGCUUCGCCUAGCUCCUCAUGCUAGUCUCGUCUUCCGAAUUGCUUGGAGCACAGCAUGAAGGAGAUGCUCGGAGGGUGCUGCGUGUGUUCUGAUGAGAGGGGUUGGACCGAAAAUCCAUUGGUGUACUGUGAUGGACAGGGAUGUACUGUUGCUGUGCACCAAGCGUGCUACGGCAUCGUCACUGUACCAACGGGACCAUGGUAUUGCAGGAAAUGCGAGUCACAAGAACGCAGCGCUCGUGUGCGCUGUGAGUUAUGUCCAAGUCGAGAUGGAGCUCUUAAGAGAACAGAUCAAGCUGGAUGGGCGCACGUUGUGUGCGCUCUGUAUAUUCCAGAAGUUCGAUUUGGUAACGUGACUACAAUGGAACCUAUUAUAUUGCAACUUGUUCCCUCAGAGAGGUUUAACAAGACGUGCUACAUAUGCGAGGAGCAAGGUAGAGGUAGCAGAGCAACUGCAGGAGCAUGCAUGCAGUGCAACAAGACCGGCUGCAGGCAGCAAUUUCAUGUUACAUGCGCACAGGCUCUGGGUUUGCUCUGCGAAGAGGCCGGCAACUAUCUCGAUAAUGUGAAAUAUUGCGGAUACUGUCAGCAUCAUUAUUCGAAAUUGAAAAAGGGUGGUAAUGUGAAAACGAUACCGCCGUACAAACCGAUACCCGCCGACAACGGCUCGUCGGACUCGUCGCCGGAAAAGGAGGCGGAAGCGCCGAUAAAAUCGUCGAGCGGCAAGCGGAAAAGCUCGAGUUCCAAGUCCAUCGUCAAUUCUAAAAGUAAAUCCAAUGCUAGUCCCAAUUUAGAGAUAAAUGGCAUCGCGGACGAUAAGAGCAGUAGUAGCGGACGUAAUACGCCAAAAGAUAAUUCCACGAGUUCCAGCAAGUUUACGACUUCCAACUUUGUCGAGACCAUUGUCACGCAGUCGGAAAGCGUGUUCGGGCAUGAAGCAGGCGCGAUCACCACCGCGGUCACUACGGUGCCCGCUUCGGCGAUCAAGACGAGCGGCGGUAACGUUAACGUGCCGCACAAGAACGUCGGUCAGAGCAAGUCCGGCACCUCUUCGGCUUCCAACAAGACCUCGAGUCACACCAGCAAGAAGAGGAAGGCUGGUGCGCGCACGCCAACGGUAAUCGGAAACGAGAACUCGAAUCAGUCGGUCAGUUCGGAGGCUAGCGGAUCAGUUGUGGUGGCCGUCAGCUCUGUGGUGCAACAGGCCAUUCCGAGUAACAAUAUGCAACCGACAAUCGCUGAAGCCACUAGUCUAAGUACAACAGCGGAACCGGAAAGACAGAAGAAGACGAAGGUCGAAAGUCCGAUUCAAUCAGCGUCAAACACUCCGGUCGCCACAGAAGCAACCACGACACCUGUGAUAAUGACGGUGACGCAAUCUUCUUCCUCGAUCGUCACUCAGUCGCCGACAACCACGUCAAGCAACAUCGUCGUGUCCGUGCCGUUAACCGCCACCUCGCUCCCGAGCACGGUUCAGAGUUUGGUGCCUACCAACAUACCGACGCUUUACGCUCAGCAGAUGCAACAGCAGAGCAUAAUCACCACGGCCGCGAACACGGAACCGCGAUCCAGCUCGGUGGUGAAUACCGAGAGAUUUAUGAUGGAGGAAACGCCAGUAAAACGAUCUCGUUCUCAAUCAGCUGACAAGCAAGAGAAGACUCGGAAACCAAAGCGUGGCUCGUCGAAUAGUCAGUCCGCGCUGUCGCAAGCAGUUUCAUCCGUCGUAACCUCCGUAUCCAGCACUGCGGGAGGAACCACGUCCAAGAGGGGCGCGCGAAACAAUCAUCAGACACCCCCACCGGCGAGCACCGUGGCUCCUGUGCCGUCGAUAAUUCAAGGUCCCGCAGCCAGUGGCGGACAUUUCAGCAGUAUGAGUAAUGCCGCGACUACUCUGGGACCAGUUGUCAAGGAGUCGCCACCUAGCAGUCCUGGAUCGGAAAGUAUGGGUAGUUCAACCGGAAAACGAAAGAGGAAGGCAGCCGUGUCCACGCCCACACCGUCAGCGUCAACCACACCGACCACUCUUGCCACCACCACAAUAAAAGAAGAAAAUAACGUGAAAUUAUUUCAAAAUGGAGUUAGCGCACCGCACAUGUUGGGAAAUCAGUUGAAUCCUACUUCGACAAUGGCACAGAAAAUGUCCGAUACGCUUUCGCAAGAGCUGGAGGCUCAUUCUAUUUUUACGGAAGCGAGUAACUCAGCUACAAAUUUAGUUGGACCGCAGUUGCACAGUCGAGUGAUCGCGUCUAUACGAUCCAGCCAACCGGGUAUGCCGCCCACUUCGUUCUCGCCGAUAUUUUCCACAAGCAGCAACAAUGGGAAUUCGACACAGCCUAACGCAGCUACUGCCAGCGGAGCUCUGGGUGGCGGAGCAAUCCCCCAGACACUGGAUCAGCUCUUGGAGAGACAGUGGGAACAGGGAAGUCAAUUUCUAAUGGAACAAGCUCAGCAUUUUGACAUCGCGUCCCUGCUUUCCUGUUUACAUCAACUGCGAGCUGAGAAUCUUAGGCUAGAGGAACAUGUAAAUAAUCUCCUGCAGAGGAGAGACCACUUAUUGGCUGUGAAUGCUAGACUCGCUAUUCCAUUGACAACUCAGCCUAGUUCACAUCCAGUGAACAACAUACAUCCGACGGUGAAUCCAUCUCAUUCUAACGUCGCACACUCAGAAGUGCCGCCCGGCGCGCCGGCUCCGGUACCCAGAGUGAGCCGUGAGCCACGUCUAAACAACACUUACAUGUCCCACUCCAGUUCCGGCCAUCCGACGACGUUAGAAAAUGGGUUACCGCCGGAUCCUUCCCCACCCGCGGCGGCUUCUCUCUCUCAGUAUCAACUUCGAGGAUCACUGGUUGCACCGCAACCGAGCCCGACGAUAAGGCACAGUCCAGCCGGUGGUGGAUACCUUCAACCCGGUCAGGCGAGUAAUAUAGUGUCGCCGGCGUCCGCUAAUACUUCUGGCGUGGUGCGAAAUUCGUCUGUCACGCCAGAUCCGUUACGCGGAGUUAGAUCGGCAUCGCAACCGUCGGGCACUUAUAUGCCGUCGAUGUAUCAGCCCGCCAUGUCAAAUCUCAGCAGCAAUCAAGUAAGCGGCGUUCACAAUCUUCAUUCGCACGGACCAUCGCCAACGGGCCACGGUCCGCCGAGUAAACCUAGCUGAAGGUAGAUACAAAAACAACUCGAAUAUGGCAACCGCAACUUGUAAAAAAUAAAUGAAAGCAUAACGUGUAUACAUUAGUACGUGCGGAAUGCGUACGUUUUGGGCGCUCACGCGCUUUGACCGUCGGUCAAGCCCACUUUUGUUCUACAUUUAAUUAGCAAUGGCUGUUGUCACUUGCGUCAUUGAAGCGCUCAAAGCGAACGCGCCCGAUGUAAAAAAAAAACAAAAAAAAAAAGGAUAUAAUCUCGUCGCAAGAGAGAGACCUAACUGCACUUCUUCGCGAGAUAUUGACUGAUGUACAUUUUUCUAUGCCAGGUUUAUCGGCAAUCAUUUUCUUGCGUGAUAACGACCGUCACUUUGACGACGUCGGUCGCAAAGUACAAAACAUACAUACGUCGAUUUAUAUCCUUUACACAACUUUCCAUACAUUCAACAGAUUUAUAAUACAUCAAUCGUCAUGCGCGCUGCGUGCAAUGUUGAACAUUUCGCACGUAUUUGCGAGAUUUUGUCGCUCGAUCAUCUAAAUGAAAAAGCGACACGCUUUUAUGUAUAUCGAAUUGAUUGGAUAUUUAGUAUCGCUCCUUCAUUAACUUUCUGUUGUUUUUUUAUCUUGUGUGGUAUUUUUAUAAGCACGAUUUUACAAGUUAUACGUACUGUAAUGACGUACCGAAAGCUCAAUUAAAAUUAGAACGACAUUAGCGAUAAAAAAAAAGAAAACAAAAACGAAGAAGCAGUUAGGAAGACUUGUCUCAUGGAUUCAAGACGUUAAAAAAGAAAAAAGAAAAAAAAGAAAUUCGCGUCGUUCAUUGAAAGUUUUGUUUUUGUUAUCGAAGCACACGCCAUUGCUAAAAUAUCUAUGUGACUUUUGCAUUUGGUUGAAACCUCAUUUAAACGCAAACGGUAGGAGCAUAUCUGAAGACACAUUCUUUAUCUCUCUUUGUAGGCAUCAUCAUAUGUGAACAGCAAAUCCACAGAUGUACAAAUCUUAGACUGUAAGUCAACGUAUCGAGAUAAAUAGCAAUAAUACACAGUAGGUAUAGUAUGUUAUGAACUGCGUUUAUUUCGUGGGUGGUGCGAGGUUUGCAAGUUUCUCCGCGCAAAAAAUGGAAGAGAAAAAAACAGGUAAAAUAAAAAAAAAAAACGUGUCCAAUCCGAAUCGGUAACGAUCUCGAAUCAUCCGUUGUCAAUCAAUUGCGAUUGCAUCAACGCGCGCGUCGAACGCGUUCGACGAUUUGUAUUACGCGUGUGAAUAUUUUGCGAGCGGUUGCAAAUGUGAAAUUUUUAUGCUUCAAAUUUUUUUUUUUUUUUUUUUUAUAGCCUUUUAUUUUAUAUUAACGUACCACCGUUGAGAUAUGUCGCAGUGUGUGCGUGUCUGUGUGUAUGUGUGUGUGUCUGUCUGUCCUAUGUUUCUGUGCGCAUGAUGCGUGUGUGGCAAUACAUGUGUACACUGGUGCGCAAUGUCUUCCGAAAGGAAAGCAAGCGAAUUUUUUGUCUGUACGCGCGUUGUUCUUUAUAGUAUUCAAUUGCCGGCGGCGAAUCGGCGUAAAAUAUAAGAAAAAAAUAAAAUAAAUAACGCGCCCAGAGAGAAAAGUCUCUUUCUUCAAAAGUCUUCAUCAUUGCGCACAAGUGUACAAGGACGGUAUUGAGUGCGACCUAUUUCCAGAGGCGGCUUUAGACGUAAAGACGAGACUAAACGGCUAUUCGAAAACGUGAAUUUUCGUCUAUUUUGAACAAAAGUUAAAAUGUGCGUGUGAUCACGAAAUGUUUUGCACGAGGAAAAUGUAUACAUAUAUAUAUAUAUAUUCGUAUCGAAAGGUCCGUUUGCGAAUACUUUUUUUAAAUCGAGAUUCGCCAAUUCUCCGUGUUGUCUCGUGCAAAAGAAAUGUGUUUCUAUCGCCGCCUCUACCUAUUUCAUAACUAAUUUAAUGUACAUUCUAAUCUUAUACACACAAAAAUAUAUGGAAGAUAAUAUCCAAAUGUACAAGACGAGCACUGCCUUUCACCAACAAGAGCUGUGAAGUAGGUUGAUCGCAAUUCGACGAUUUUUGUUCUUUUUAGUAAACACACACGACACACCGUCUCAUCUUCACUCGCCCCAUUUCAUCCCAUAUCUCUUUCGUUAUUCAGUUUUUUUUUUCUCUUAAAUCCGAUAGAUCUCAUCGAUACUUAUUCAUCAUCAUCCAUCAUCAUCGUCAUCAUCAUCAUCAUCAUCGCUGCAAAUCCUCCAAGGAAUGCAGAACAGAAGGAUAUUGUGCCAUGGUUUGAUCUACGAAUUAAGGACACAAUAUUCUAAAUACAGUCGUUAUUUAUACGAUUAUAUAAUAUAAAAACUCGAUGGCAAUGACUCUCUGUGUCUCUGUCAAUAGUCGGACAAUGUCUCAAGCGUUAUUAUUAUCAUUAUUGCGAAGUUAUUGGUAUCUCGUGAUAACGUGAAACUAAUUUAAUUAGUUGCGCGCGCGAAGGAACUUCAAUUAGUUAAUUUUGUAUGUACAUUUGUACGUUACGGUGCAUCAAUGUCUCGCGUGAGGCAAUUUAAUGUGUCGCGAAAUUGUACACGACAAACGCAAGCAACAUGCUGAAUUAUUCUAAAUAUUUUUAUCCGGAGUUUUCAAGAAAUUGUGCAAAAAAAAAAAAAAAAUGUUAUUUGGGAAUAUAAUCAAAAACUUUUGCAGAGAAACAAGACGGGGGAAAAAAAACACCGCCACAAAGUUCGGUAUAAAAUCAUGAAUAUUUGCUACAAUGUAUAAUGUAUAUCGGUAUGUGUGCGCAUCGAUUGCUGCGAUAUGCGAAUAAUCCGUGUGAGAACACACGAUGUAGUAAAUAGUAGUGACACAAGUACGUUGCUUGAAAGAGUACGUUGUAUAUGCUUUGUAAAUCGGAAUCGAGGUCAAUCCGUUUUUUUUUUUUUUGCCGCAUCUCCCGCGAGAACAACGACAGACAAAUUUUCUACACUCGUCUGUAAUUUCGGGAAAAAAAAAAAACAAGACAGCGAGCAACGCUGUGCGCGCGUAAAACGUAAAUCAAACAAAAGUGCUGAACAGUACGAGAUAGACACACGUUAGAGAAUAAGACUUUCGAACGGAAAUAAAAAAAGUAUUUCGCUCAAAAGACUAUGAGGUACGCGAUACGAAGUAAUUCGUUGUUUUUUUUUCUUUUCUUUUUUUUUUUUUUAAUGUUGCAAAUUCGACGCGGCGAAGAAAUUU